CCCCUGAUGAGUGUCCAUUGGUGUUGCCUUCGCCUUCCCUCCUCCCCUCUCCCCGGCUUGCCCUGCCCAUGUUUUGUAUGUCUCUGUCCAUCCAGGCUCCUGACGUUCAAGUUCGCAGGGACGUCACGUCCGCACUUGAACUUGCAGCUCAGGGGGGCUUUUGCCAUUUUUUUCAUCUCUCUCUCUCCUUCUCUCUCUCUCCCUCUCUCUCUCUCCCUCUCUCUCUUUUUUUUCCUUGCACAAAAAAAAAAAAAAAAAAAAAAAAAAAAAAAAAAAAAAGCCAUGACUGCUAUCCCACAAUUCAUCUUCCCUGCGCCAUCUUUGUAUUAUUUCUAAUUUAUUUUGGAUGUCAAAAGACAUUGAUGAAGAUAUUUUCUCUGGAGUCUCCUUCCUCUCUAACCCGUCUCUCCCGAUGUGAACCGAGCGACUCACAAGCCACCGAAGCCACCAACCCACCAUGUCGCGCCGCAAGCAAGGCAAACCCCAGCACUUAAGCAAACGGGAAUUUUCACCCGAACCUCUUGAAGCCAUUCUCACUGAUGAUGAACCUGAACAUGGCACAUUGGGAGCUCCGGAAGGGGACCACGACCUCCUCACUUGUGGCCAGUGUCAGAUGAACUUUCCGUUGGGGGACAUUCUUAUUUUUAUUGAGCACAAACGGAAACAAUGCAAUGGCAGUCUCUGCCUAGAGAAGGCUGUGGAUAAGCCACCUUCACCCUCACCAAGUGAGCUGAAAAAAGCAUCCAAUCCCGUGGAGGUUGGCAUCCAGGUUACGCCAGAGGAUGACGAUUGUUUAUCAACGUCAUCUAGAGGAAUUUGCCCUAAACAGGAACAUAUAGCAGGUAAAGAUGAGCCCAGCAGCUACACGUGUACGACUUGUAAACAGCCUUUCAACAGCGCCUGGUUCCUCUUGCAGCACGCACAGAACACACACGGCUUACGGAUCUACCUAGAAAGCGAGCACGGCAGCCCCCUGACGCCACGGGUUGGUAUCCCAACAGGACUAGGUGCAGAGUGCCCUUCCCAGCCACCUCUCCACGGGAUUCACAUUGCAGACAAUAACCCUUUUAACCUGCUCAGAAUACCCGGCUCGGUCUCGAGGGAGGCGUCGGGGCUGGGAGAAGGGCGUUUCCCACCCACGCCGCCCCUCUUUAGCCCUCCCCCGAGGCACCAUUUGGAUCCGCAUCGCAUUGAGCGCCUGGGUGCGGAAGAAAUGGCUCUGGCCACCCAUCACCCUAGUGCCUUUGACAGGGUGCUGCGACUGAACCCCAUGGCGAUGGAGCCCCCCGCUAUGGAUUUCUCCCGGAGGCUGCGGGAGCUGGCCGGCAACACCUCCAGCCCACCCUUGUCCCCGAGCCGGCCCAGCCCUAUGCAAAGGUUGCUGCAGCCCUUCCAGCCCGGCAGCAAGCCCCCGUUCCUGGCCACGCCGCCCCUCCCUCCUCUGCAGUCUGCUCCUCCUCCCUCCCAGCCCCCCAUGAAGUCCAAGUCCUGCGAGUUCUGUGGGAAGACCUUCAAGUUUCAGAGCAACCUGGUGGUGCACCGCCGGAGCCACACGGGGGAGAAGCCCUACAAGUGCAACCUCUGCGACCACGCCUGCACGCAGGCCAGCAAGCUGAAGCGCCACAUGAAGACCCACAUGCACAAGUCCUCCCCCAUGACGGUGAAGUCGGACGAUGGGCUCUCCACUGCCAGCUCCCCUGAGCCGGGCACCAGCGACCUGGUGGGCAGCGCCAGCAGCGCCCUCAAGUCCGUGGUGGCCAAGUUCAAGAGCGAGAACGACCCCAACAUGAUCCCUGAGAAUGGGGAUGAGGAAGAGGAGGAGGAGGAGGAGGAAGAGGAGGAGGAGGAGGAGGAAGAGGAGGAGGACUUGAACGAGAGCGACAGGCCGGACUAUGGCUUUGGGAUGAGCCUGGAGGCGGCCCGUCACCACGAGAACAACUCACGGGCUGGCGAGGAGGGCCGGGCGAUGCCGGACGUCAUGCAGGGCAUGGUCUUGAGCUCCAUGCAGCACUUCAGCGAGGCCUUCCACCAGGUCCUGGGGGAGAAACACAAACGGGGCCACCUCCCCGAGCCCGAGGUGCACAGGGACACUUGCGACGAAGACUCGGUGGCUGGCGAGUCCGACCGCAUCGACGAGGGGGCCGUCAACGGCCGGGGCUGCUCCCCGGGGGAGUCUGCCUCGGGAGGCCUGUCCAAAAAGCUGCUGCUGGGUAGCCCCAGCUCCCUGAGCCCCUUCUCCAAACGCAUCAAGCUGGAGAAGGAGUUCGACCUGCCGGCCGCCGCCAUGCCCAACACCGAGAACGUUUACUCCCAGUGGCUGGCGGGCUACGCUGCCUCCCGGCAGCUGAAGGACCCCUUCCUCAGCUUCGGCGACUCCCGACAAUCGCCCUUCGCCUCCUCCUCCGAGCACUCCUCGGAGAACGGCAGCCUGCGCUUCUCCACGCCGCCGGGCGAGCUGGACGGAGGGAUCUCAGGCCGCAGCGGCACGGGAAGCGGAGGGAGCACCCCCCAUAUUAGUGGCCCGGGCCCUGGCAGGCCCAGCUCAAAAGAGGGCAGACGCAGCGACACUUGUGAGUACUGUGGGAAGGUCUUCAAGAACUGUAGUAAUCUCACCGUCCACAGACGGAGCCACACGGGCGAGAGGCCGUAUAAGUGUGAGCUUUGCAACUACGCCUGCGCCCAGAGUAGCAAGCUCACCCGGCACAUGAAAACACACGGGCAGGUUCGGCGUACCCCCCCAGCUGGCGCGGCGCCCAGGGAGCCCCGGAUGUCUGGCAGUUUUCGGAUGGAAGUUCCAGAGCACUUAAAUUCUGAGAGGAGGUGAAGCUGGGGCGAGCGGCCGGCGGCGUCUGGGCGUGCGGAGGUGCCUCUGUCCUGUGGCUCAUCCAUCCCUCCAUCCAUCCUGGGAGAGCCUGAGGAGUCACCCGCCGACAGCAGCUCCCCGGGCUCCUCCUGCCUGCAAGACUAUCGUAUUUAUAUUUUGUAAUAGAGUACAACACUUCUUUGGGGCUGGGGUUUUCAGUUUUUUGGGGGUUUCUUUUUGUUCAUUGGUUUUUUUUUUCAUUUUCUAAAAACAAACAAACAAAAAAAACCCCACCCACCAAGGUCAAGGGCUUAAUGAUGGCUCCGACUGGCUCCUUUCCCCAUGGAAAAGACUGUCUUGCUCUCGUGGACAACUCAGCCUCUUGGUUAUCCCCGCAACGUGCCAUUCCUCGGGAGGCACAUCUGAUGUGAUGAAUUAAAAAUAAAGCAAAACACAGUGUAGGUCUGUGGGUGGGUGGGAAAUUGCCAUAAUAAAUGUUGGAGCUUUAGGUUUUGUUUGCUCUGUCUUUAAUUUUUAAUGCUAACAAGGGCCAGACGGCUGGUGUGACUCUGUGUUCCCGUACCGGCUGCUGCAGAAGAGCGAGUGCUGGGUUUUCACUGGUGAUGGUGCUGGCACUGGGGGCUGCCUGGCCCUGGUGGACAGGACAGACCUUUCCCAUAGAGCUAGGCCAGGAGUUGGGCUUAGGGCUGGGCACUCUGAGUGCUGCUGAGCCACCUCUGGCUUUUGAUGAUGCUGAAGAGGGGGUUUCCUUGGUGAAUUCCAGCUGCGGUGUUGCAUGGGCUCUGUGGUGUCUGCUCGAGGAGAAGUGAGGCCAGCACAGGUUUGGGAGGGGUGACAGCCGUGCUGAGAGAGCAGGGAUGCAGAGCUGCCCUGAGCUGGGGCAGCUGCUGCUGCCAGGUUGUUGUCCCGGUGUUUCCCAGGCUUUGUGUCCCUUGCUCGGCACUGAGCAGCACCAAGGAUUGUCCUGGGUAGGGCCAGGCUCUGUGCUGAGCAGAAGAUGGGUUAUGUGAGAGCUUUGUGCUGGCUCUGAUGAGACUGGCAGGCUGUAGCUGCUGAUGUCUGUGCUGGCUGGUGGGAAUGGGCCUUGUUUGGUGAAAGGAGCAGUGAGUGGAGAGGCUGGCUGGGAUCAGCGGGGUGGAGCCGUGGGGAAAGGGCCAGAGGAUUGCUUGGCUUUGUGCAUUAACUCAGCCCCACUCCUGUUCUGUUCAUCCCUUGCUUACAGUGUGAGUGAGACCCUCACUUGGGGUGACUCUGCUGGUGGAACAGCGCUAGGGAAAACGAUGUUGCCUUUCCAUGGACAGUGUUGCUCUUUUGUUUUUUGUUUAAAACCCCGGGCUGUGAUUUCCUCCUGGUGCCCUGGGCACAGCACAAGCACAGACACUUCAGUACCUUAAAAUCUGCCUGGGGUGGGCAGCAGGAGCAUCUCUGAGGGGUGCCACACUGGAAGCCUGGAGCACUUGGAAUGGACGCCAAGGGAGCUAUUGCUGCUUCUCCUGAGGUGAUCUGGUCCUUGAGGGCAAACCACCCAAAAGUACGCACAGCCUCAGCUCUUUUUUUACCAUGAGGGGAUGUUUUUAAAGUUUCUUCCUAACCCAGCCUGUGCUGCCACCUCUGUGUCUGCUCCUAAGGGGGUUUUGAGCCUUGGAAGGGUGAGUCCUGUUGGAUUAAGCACCUGAUUGAUUGUGGGUGCACAGUGGUGGAGGGUCAGACACUGCUCCUGCCUGGCCUGGGUCUCUGCUGCAGGCAGUGUGUCAGAUCAGGGCUGUGCAGUCACUGACUUCCAGGGGGAUGCUCUGCCCGUUCCUCUGGGCUGCUGGGCAGGGCUCACCUGGUCUGUACCCGCAGCAAUCCUGGCCAGGGCUCUGGGGAGCUGCUCUGUGAGGGGCUCCAGUGAGCUGGCUCCUUCUGGGGGUGUCUGACCCUUGCUCUGUGUGAGCACAGGCCAGACUCAGUUUGUGGGUGUCUCCUGGGCCAGCUGGUUGUGCUUUUGCUGCUCUGCCUGGUGGAACAAGUGAUGGGAUCUGCCUCCUCUGGCUGUGGCUUGUGUCUCCUUCAGCAGGCAGCGUGAGGGCAAGGGCUUCUCCCAGAAAAAAAAACGUGGGGAUGGCUGAGAGUCUUCUGCCAAGCACAGAAGUGAUACCUGAAAUGCUCAAGAUGUAGCCAAACAGUCUUUAAAAUGUCUAUUUUUUAAUGCAGUUGUUAAAAACUCUCCCCCAACUCUUAGGGCUUUGAAACAUCUUCAGAAUUUGUGUUGCCUUAACGGGUGCCAUGUCUGUGCUGAGAGCCCCCUGUGAGCCAUGGGGUUCCUGCUCCUGCUCCUGCCCCUGCUCCUGCCCCUGCUCCAGACCCUGCUGUGGCUCCUGCAGAGCCCCAGGACAGCCUCAGCACCGGGGCUGGUGGAGAUCCCAAAGGGUCUCCACUGCCCUGGGUGACCUGGGGGGCUGUGUGUUUAAUUCAGGGUGUCAUCAGGGCCUUCCUUUUGUCUGAGCAGGCCUUGGCUGACUCCCCUUGCUGUGUCUGGGCUUGGGAUCACCACCAUAAUGAGUUUCUGUCAAUUAACAGGAGUCCAAGGUUUCCUGAGGAGAGGGCUGGGAAGUUGUUAGAGGGGCAAUAUUCCCAGGGAUUUUGUAUUUUGGCAUAUUCUCCAGGUGCUGGUCUGCACAUCCAAAUUGGAAAUAAGGUGUGGUUGGCCUUUAUUAAGAAAACAAAGCUCCUAAAGUUGGGAGGUUCUUAAUAAAGAAAAGAUGAAUGUUCUUCCCAGUCCUGGGGGAUGAGAUGAACAAGAUUCCUGGGAAUCACCUGGCUUAACAUUGAGGGUUUGGGUUUAAAAAGCUGCUUUCAGGCUUGGAGAUGAUGUGCCUAUGCUGUGUUUGAUUUCUAAGCACACUUUUCCUGACACUAAAAUGCAGCAAAGGUCAAGCCUUUUGUGAAGUCUAGCUUAAAUUUUGCUUUCAAAAUAAUGUAUGUUUUGGAUUCGUGAUGCAUCUGGGCUGUGGACUUUUAUGGGAUGCAAGACCUCUCCCCAGAAGGGAUCUGAAAACAGAUUUUGUGAGUGAGUUUCCAAGCAAAACUGCCAAGCUCCUUGUGGUUUUUUCCAGCUUUGUGUUGGGUCCCACUGAGUGUGUUCAAGCAGCACUGUGGUGUCGGUGGGUGACAGCACAGCUGAGGGCUCUGGGGGAAGGUGCAGGGAAGCUCCAUCCUCCUUGGGGUAUUUUAGCAUCUUUAGCCUUUCCUUUGGGUUUGCAUCUCCUUUCCUGUGUGUGUUUGAGCUGCCUGGGUGCUGGUGAGGCCUGGGGUGGGCCUUUACCUGUGGAAUUUUGGCAGUGAGGGGGGGCAGGACCUGCUGAGCAGCAUUGCUGUCCCAGGGCUCCCUGCUCUGCUGGGGUUCCACCUGACCCCACUGAAAAGUCUCACUGGGGAGUGAGCUGGACCCCCCAGCCCCCAAAAACAGGAGUGGUGCCUCAUUUCCUUCUGCUCUGCUUCUCCUCAUACCCAGCUCUCCCAUUCCAGGCUCCAUCAUUCCGUUAUGUGUUGUAUCUGCUUCAGGUCAAACAUUGCCCCUCCAUCCCAGCUCUCUCCCCCAAAAAUCAUCCUCUUAGGAUUCCUCUUCUGCAGGAGUCCCAACAAUCAGCUAUUCCCAAGGCAAGGUGGAGUUGCAGGGGGCAGAACAGGGACAGAAUGAAACCCCCAAACCCCCAACACAGGCUUCCUCCUUAACCUCCUUGGAUAGAGUUACACAUCUGGUGGAGGCUUGCUGGUUGUUGCCACAAUUUUAUUGCAUCUUUAGCAGUGAUGACGUUCAGAUGGCAGGACCAGGGGGCCCCAGUUCCAUUUCUCCUGCUGGCCUCCCGUAGUGAGUGUGGUGCAAUCCUGGGAACGCCGGCUCCGAGGGCGGGAGCAGGGGAAAUCCUGGCCCUGGGCAUGGCAGCAGGUGGGUGGAGGUGCCUGUGCUGGGUGAGCACCACAUUCUGCACGGAGUGGGACGAUGGGCAGGUGGUUUCUCCUGACAAAACCCAUUUGCUGCAUUCCCACCUUUGGUGCAUUCCCACCUUUCCUGUGCCCGGGGUGUGUGCGCCGCUUCCCGAGCUCGGUCCAUUCCUGGUGGCUCUUCCCUGGCCCUUUCCAUGACCCUCUGGGCUCCCAGUGGUGAUGUACAGAAGCUCCCCCCAAUGUUUGCAUGUGUCUAAGGGCUAUUCAGGACUCCCUGGCGGGCCCCCGUGGGCGGGAUUUGUGCAUGCAAAAUGAAGGUUGUGUUUGGCUUCUCAUACUCGGGUCUAUAUUCCAUAUUGUGUUGACCAAGAAUAACACCUCAGCCCCUGUGCUGAAGAAUGUGAUGGACUGAUGGCUUUCAGAAACGUACUGUAAAUCAAGGAGGCUAAUAAAUACUUGCUAUUGAUAAAA